AUGACGGUGGAGGAGAACUGUAUACGUAAGGAGGUGGGGGAGGAGAUUUGUAAACAUAUGGCGGAGGUGGUGGUGAGCUAUAAACGUAGGGAGGUGGUGGAGGAGACUUGUAGACAUAUGGUGGAGGUGGUGGAGAGCUGUAGACAUAAGGAGGGGGUGGAGGAGACUUGUAAACAUAAGGUGGAGGUGGUGGAGAGUUGUAAACAUAAGGAGGGGGUGGAGGAGACUUGUAGACAUAUGGUGGUGGUGGUGGAGAACUAUAGACAUAGGGAG